CUUGAGUUGGUGUUGGGUGUCCGUGAAGCCGCGUUGAGAAGAGUUCUGUGCGUUCGUAAUUUUCAUUGGGCCUCGUGCUUAGUCACGAUACGUUAUGGGUCGCAAGAAGAAGAAGCCGACCAAACCCUGGUGUUGGUACUGCAACAGAGAGUUCGAUGACGAGAAAAUUCUCAUCCAGCACCAGAAGGCUAAACAUUUUAAAUGUCACGUCUGCCACAAGAAACUCUUCACCGGCCCCGGUUUAGCCAUCCAUUGCAUGCAGGUACAUAAGGAAACACUCGACCAUGUCCCGAACGCCCUCCCAAACCGGAACUCCGUCGACAUCGAAAUUUAUGGCAUGGAAGGUAUUCCUCCCGACGAUCUACGAGAACAUCAGCGAGAGGCAGGCAACUCGAAUGGGGCCAAGGAGAGCCCCGCCGCCGAAGCAGCACCGACUCCCGCUAUUCCGCCUCCGAUGAGUCAUGCCCCGAUGCCGCAGCAUCACCCCCAGCUGGUCGGUAUGCCUCCGUUCGGUAUGCCCCUCGGCAUGUCACCUUACGGGAUGCCCCCAGGGUUCCCCAUGAUGCCGCCCAUGCCAGCUGGUGCGAUGCCCCCGUUCGGUGCACACAUGAUGCCCAUGCCGCCCAGUGGACGACCACUUUUCCCCGCGGCGCAAAGCCUCCAGCAGCCCGCACCAAUGAGCGGCAUCCCCGUACCAGGACCCACCCCGGCAGUCGUGUCGGCUCCACCGAUGCCCGCCAACCGCAGCAUGCACGACGUGGAUCCAAAGGUAACUCUGUCGGCACCUGCAGACAUUAAACACUGGUCAAGACCCUCAUCAGGUUUAGUGGUUCCCAUCGAGGGCACAAAGAUUAUUCAUCCCGAACAAGAUAUUUCGCUCGAAGAACUCAGAAUGAAACUGAGCAGAUAUCGAAGAUGGCUCGUCAAAUAGGCCACUGGACGUGACGGCGUUGUGAUCGAUCUUUGACUGAGAACGAAAGCGAAUCCACCUCCCGUGGGAGCGAUGUCGUCGGGUCGUCGAUGUACCGUCCGUCGCAGCAUUCAUUCACGACAACGGGAUAGGAAAAACAUUAGGGAUUGUUUCAUGGGGGGCUGCUGUAAUUUUGGGGAGCCUGAGCCACUUUGAUGCAAAAUUCUAGUUCACAAAUGUUUUUCUGCGAGUUUCCGAUAAAAAAAAACGUAUUCCUCUAUAAAAGUGCUUUGCGCAGAAAGGUAAGAUAUCUGGCGAAAGUUUGUCUUCCCGCAAGAGUCAGAAUAAAGUACCAAGUGUAAA